AUGGAUGCCGGAUUGUCGCAGCGCACGCAAAAGGCAUUGCGGGAGCUUCUCCCUACCUUCGCGGCAGGCGCCCCACAACAACAACCUCCUCCUCCACAUAUCACCGACCCCUUCCCCCCAACCAUUGAUCUGUCUCGUGGCCUCAACGAAGCCAUCCAUCCCGAGCUGCUCGAGUUCUUCCACAGUACUCUGGAGGAUAACAUUGCGAGCGAGGCAUUUGCAGCCCCCGCCGCAUCAGUAAAUGGCGGCGAUCAGCGACUCCGCUAUGCACUAGCCGCCUUUUUUAAUUCAUACUUCAAUCCCAUCCACACCGUGAAGCCGGAGCACAUUGUCCUUACAUCGGGAGCCGUUGAUGCUGUCGAGAACGUCAUCCACGCCAUUUGUGACGAUGGCGACUGCAUCCUCGCUCCCGGCCCACAUUGGUCUGGCUUCGAAACAAUACUAAAGAGAAAAGCCAAUGUAGAGCUGAUUGUUGCCAAACCACCCACCUACUCACAUUGGGACAACUAUCUUCUCCCUUCACUCCAAGCAGCCUACGAUUUCUCAGAUAAGCGGUCACGCAUCAAGGCCGUGCUGCUGUGCAAUCCCAAUAACCCGCUUUCAAGAUGCUACCCCCGCGAAACAUUGCUUGAGCUCAUGGAGUUUUGCCAAGAAAGAGGGUUGCAUCUCAUCUGCGAUGAAGUCUACGCUCUCCUCAAGCUGUCCGGGACAGAUAGCAAAGCCCCGGACUUUGUCAGCGCACUCAGCCUGACGGAACCGCUUGCACGCGCCGGAGCAGUCAAGGUGGAUCCGAGCCGCGUCCACGUCGUAUGGAGCGCCAGUAAAUUAUUCGGCAUGAGCGGAUUCAGAGUGGGAUGUCUCGUAUCGCAGCAAAACCCCUCCCUCCUACACGCCAUGGCACUAACUUCCACUCACCCUUCCUCACUCUCAACAUCGCAUCUCUCCGGUCUCUUGUCUUGGUCCCAACUCCCCACUCUCCUCGCCCUCAACUCGGAGCGUCUAACCAUCAACUACAAGAUGCUAGCCGCCGUCUUGCGCAAACAUGACGUACCGUUUCUUGCGCCCUCCCAUGGUCUCUGCAUGUUCGUCCGCCUGGCGAAACGCGCGAGGACGCAGCAUGACGAAGCGAGGUUUUACGAUGACCUGGCCAGAUGGGGCGGUGUCAUGGUUGCUCAAGGAAAGAGCUUUAGAGGCGUAGAGAGGGAUUUUGGGUGGGCGAGACUGAGGUUCUCGGUGCCUGUUGCGGAGAUGGAGGAUGCAGUUAGGAGAAUAGAUGUUUUUCUGGAGAAGCAUGGGUAA